CAAGCGGCGGCAGCGGGGUCCUGUACUCUCGCUGUGGCUGGGCGGCUAGUUCAAGUUGCCAUAGCUGCGAGUCUGGGGAGAGCAGAGUCGGUUGAGUCGCUGCGUUUGGUCAGUUGCACCUUCUGGGUCACUGGUAGCCGCGGGAGCCGGGUGGGGCCUAGGCGAUGAUCCGGCAUUAAGGAGCUGGGGUCAUCCUCCGUCUCAGGUGGUUUGGGGAAAGUCUAGGGGCAACCAAAGAUCAUCUGCUUGACUAGGCCCUUUGCCCUGAACCUCAUGAAGAAAUGAUAGGAGGAAGACAUAUGUACCUAAAAAGAGCUUUGAGCUCAGAGAAGAGCAACUCGGAGCUUUGGGGGUGUGCUUUGAUUUGUGUACAUCAAUGGCAGAAUCAUCCAGCGAAUCAGAUCACUUUCGCUAUCGUGACCGAUUGAGUCCAUGGGCUGCCAGAUCAACUUACAGGGGAACUCGAAGUCUUCCUACAGUAGAAGUUACCGAGAAGGUCAACACUAUAACAAGUACUUUACAGGAUACCAGUCGGAACCUGCGACAAGUGGACCAGAUGCUUGGACGAUACCGAGAAUACAGUAAUGGACAGGCGGGUGCGAUAGAACAUUUAAAAGAAAGCUUGGAACAAUCUAUCGACCAACUCCGGAGUCAACGUUUAUUGAGAAACUCAGGAGGGAGAAGUAUUUCUGUUACAAGUUUGAGUGCAAGUGACCUUGAUGGUGGCACUGGGCCAGAGAGCCAUCGUUUUCCACCUACCUCACCUCUCAAGGACUAUGGGGAUCCACUGGGUAUUAAACGAAAUACCAGAUCAAGAACUGGUGUCCGCUUUGUUCAAGAGACUGAUGAUAUGACUCAGCUUCAUGCUUUUCAUCAGUCUCUUCGAGACCUCAGCAGUGAACAAAUUCGCCUUGGAGAUGAUUUCAACAGGGAGCUUUCCAGAAGGAGCCGGUCGGAUGCCGAAACAAAAAGGACUUUGGAAGAAUUGACUGAAAAACUUAAUGAAGCCCAGAAACAAGAAGUGGCUUCAGAUCGGGUGGAGCGGCGGCUUCAGGAACUAGAGAGAGAGAUGCGCACAGAAAGGGCGCUGGUGGAAAGACGCCAGGAUCAACUGGGACUCAUGUCCCUGCAGCUACAGGAGGCACUAAAGAAACAAGAAGCUAAAGCAGAUGAGCAUGAGGGGGCAAUAAAAAAUAAGCUAAUACAAACUGAAACUGAGAAGAAUCAACUUGAACAGGAAUUGGAGCUAUCUCGAAAGUUAUUGAAUCAAUCUGAAGGCAGCCGAGAAACACUUUUGCAUCAGGUAGAAGAACUGCGUGCACAACUUACGAAAGCAGAGGGUGAUCGAAAGGGUUUACAGCAUCAAGUGUCUCAGAUUUCCAAGCAACAGUCAAACUAUCAGGAUGAACAAGGGGAGGACUGGAGGUUUAGGAGAGGGGUUGAGCGGGAAAAACAGGACCUGGAGAAGCAAAUGUCAGAUUUGAGAGUGCAGCUGAACUUCAGUGCAAUGGCAUCUGAGUUAGAGGAAGUGAAACGGUGCAUGGAGAGAAAAGACAAGGAGAAAGCACAUUUGGCAUCACAAGUAGAGAAUUUAACACGUGAACUGGAGAAUGGGGAAAAACAACAACUCCAGAUGUUGGAUCGACUUAAGGAGAUCCAGACUCACUUUGACACAUGUGAGGCCGAGCGUAAGCAUGCUGACCUUCAGAUCUCAGAACUGACUCGCCAUGCGGAGGAUGCAACCAAGCAGGCUGAGCAGUACCUCAGUGAGCUCCAACAGUCAGAGGCCCUGAAAGAGGAGGCGGAGAAGAGGAGGGAAGACCUGAAACUGAAAGCUCAAGAAUCUAUUAGGCAGUGGAAGCUUAAACAUAAGAAGUUAGAGCGAGCGUUGGAGAAACAAUCUGAAACAGUUGAUGAACUGACAGGCAAGAAUAAUCAGAUUUUAAAAGAAAAGGAUGAAUUGAAAACCCAGAUGUAUGCAGCAUUACAACAAAUAGAGAAUCUUCGAAAGGAAUUGAAUGAUGUCCUAACAAAGCGUGCCCUUCAGGAGGAGGAGCUUCACUCCAAGGAGGAGAAACUACGUGAUAUUAAGUCUCAUCAAGCUGACCUUGAAUUGGAAGUCAAGAAUUCCCUGGAUACCAUCCAUAGACUGGAAAGCGAAUUGAAAAAGCAGAGUAAGAUCCAAAGCCAAAUGAAAGUUGAGAAAGCUCACUUGGAGGAAGAAAUUGCAGAGCUCAAGAAGAGCCAGGCCCAGGACAAAGCUAAACUUCUUGAGAUGCAAGAGUCCAUCAAGGACCUGAGUGCCAUCCGAGCAGAUCUUGCUAAUAAAUUGGCCGAGGAAGAGAGAGCCAAGAAAGCAGUGCUUAAGGACCUUUCUGACCUCACCGCACAGGCAAAAUCCAGGGAUGAAGAAACAGCUACCAUCAUCACACAGUUAAAGCUGGAACGAGAUGUGCACCAGAGGGAGCUGAAAGAUCUCACAUCAUCAUUGCAGAGUGUGAAAACAAAACAUGAACAGAAUAUCCAGGAGCUUAUGAAGCACUUUAAGAAAGAAAAGAGUGAGGCUGAGAAUCAUAUCAGGACACUGAAGGAAAAACAUAUAAGCAUUGAAGAAGAGCACUUAAGGAGGACCGAAGAGGCCAGAUUGCAGCUCAAGGAUCAACUUCUUUGCUUGGAGACUGAACAGGAAUCCAUUCUUGGUGUGAUAGGAAAGGAAAUUGAUGCAGCUUGUAAAACAUUCUCCAAGGACUCAAUGGAGAAAUUAAAAGUUUUUUCAUCUGGUCCUGAUAUACAUUAUGACCCACAUCGCUGGUUAGCAGAAAGCAAGACUAAACUUCAGUGGCUCUGUGAGGAACUGAAAGAGAGAGAAAACAGAGAGAAAAAUCUGCGACACCAGCUGAUGCUCUGCAGACAACAACUCAGGAAUCUGACUGAACACAAGGAAUCUGAGCUGCAGUGUCUCUUCCAACAGAUAGAAAGGCAGGAGCAGCUUCUGGAUGAAAUACAUCGUGAGAAGAGAGAUCUACUGGAAGAGACCCAAAGAAAAGAUGAAGAAAUGGGAUCUCUGCAGGACCGUGUAAUUGCAUUAGAAACGAGUACCCGAGUGGCCUUGGACCAUCUGGAGUCUGUGCCUGAGAAACUGAGCCUACUAGAAGAUUUCAAAGACUUCAGAGAUUCCUGCAGUUCAUCUGAGAGAACUGAUGGAAGAUACUCUAAAUACAGAGUUCGCAGAAAUUCUCUUCAGCAUCACCAAGAUGACAUCAAGUACAGAAACAAAAGUUUCAAAGGUGACAGAACCUUUCCAGAAGGUUCCCACACUCAUGGGUUAGAUCACUCAUCGUCUUGGCAAGAUCACAGUCGCUUCCUGUCUAGUCCAAGAUUUUCAUACAUGAACUCAUUUACCAAAAGAACUGUUGCUCCAGAUUCAGCUUCAAACAAGGAAGAUGCCACAAUGAAUGGAACAAGUUCACAAUCCAAAAAAGAGGAAUAUGAGAGCUAAAAAAGCAAAUGUAAUUUGUUAUUUUACAUGAGUGUUUUACAAACAAUAACAUCUCUAUUCUUACAGCAAUUUGGCCCAGAUUAUCUAACAGACAUACCUGCAACUUUGGCUCUUUGGUAUUGCCAAAUAUCGACAAAAGUGACAAUACUGUUGGUCCUUGUAAAUGGUAAACCAUUCCAAAUAAUAUCAG